AUGACAAGUGAUUGGUCAUUAAAUUACCUCAAUAACGCAGCUGAGCAGGCUAAAUCUGAUCCGCCUGGAUAUAUACCCAAUCAGCCACUCCGGAAAUCCCGACGUAAUAAUACGCUCGAGCAAACGCAUGAAGCUAACAAAAAGAGUCUUGAAUUGAGCGCUAUAAAACAUAAUAAAGCCUGGGAAACAGCUAUCGCACCUGGUAAAGCGAUGUUCACAACAGCCUUCAUGAUGUACAUGUCUGGUUCAUCUAUACAAAUAUUCUCAAUAUCAAUCGUCUUCAUGACUAUUUGGAACGCACUUAAAAGCUUAACAAAGAUCAAUACAACUUUUAAACCAUUUCAAAUUAGUAACGCACCUCCAGGUGCAACACUCACACAUGCAGAGUUGGAUUUCACACCACAGAAAUUGGCUUUCGUCGCUUGUCAAGUUGCAGCUUUAGCACUUGGUCUUUACAAGGCUGACACUAUGGGUCUUCUUCCGAGUAGACCAUCCGAUUGGAUUGAAUUCUGGCGAUCAGAUAUACUUACAACAUUCACACCAGGCAGUGUUCAUCCCUUGUAUUAAACAACUGUUAAACAAUGCAUUAAAUGUAAAUAGAACA